ACCUGUCUGUGAGCGGAUAGCCACUAGAGACAGUUCCAAGAAAACCUCGCCACCUGAAGGGCGAUCAGCACCCAGAAACUAGAACUUCCAGUAUCCUUUGCGCGCGGCUAAGGGGCGGGGAUUCGGGAGCCGGGAUGUCUCGAGAGAAUGAGAAACAGCCGGCACAGGCUCCUGGCCAGGUACCGCCAGGCUGGAGGUGGCACACCAGGGAAAGCCUCAGACAGAUUUCUUGUGCAAGAAGUGAUGGAGGAAGAGUGGAACUCUUUGAAGUCUGUAGAGAAUUGUCCAGAAGCCUUGUUUCAGUUGGGACUGCCAGAGGACCUAGCUGUGCUGCAGGACAUUGAACAGGAGCUGUGUGAUGAAGAAAAGUCCAUCAUAAGCGAGUAUGAGAAGAGCUUGCAGUUUGAUGAAAAUUGUCUCAACAGCAUGUUGGCUGAGUGGGAAGCAAACCCCCUCAUCUGUCCUGUGUGUAUAAAGUACAACCUGAGAAUAAUGAACAGUGUGGUCAUGUGUCCAUGUGGCCUGCACAUCCCAUUUCACUCUCCAGAGUUGACAGAGCAGAAGCUUCGUGCCUAUUUGGAGGAUAAUGUAAAUGAGCACAGUGCACACUGUCCCCACACCCCCGAAUUUUCAGUCACCGGUGGAACAGAAGAAAAGCCCAGUCUUCUAAUGAGCUGCCUGGCUUGUGAUACUUGGGCUGUGAUCCUCUAGUCAUCCCGAACUCACACUUGACUGCUGGGCUGAGAACAACUCAUUCCCUCCGAGAGGGGCCGUGUGCACAAGACUUUUGUAUGUAACUUAUUUUAUAUGAAAACUUCUCAAACAUCUCCUUGCUCUUGGUGUUUUGAUGAAGGG